AUGACGAACAGACAAACAGACAAACAUCUAGCUAAUAAGCAAUCAUACGUACCAUCCUACUUAGCUUCAAACCCUCUCCUCAAUGACACCAGCUCUUCUAUAACGACGAUGUCCAUUUUACAAAUCAACCUUAACCAUGCUAUAGCUGCCCAAGCCUUAUUAGAAAGAUAUAUAGUUAAUAAUAAAGUUUGUAUUGCACUUAUCUCAGAACCGUACAAUUCUAAUAAAUGUGGCUGGUUCGGUGAUACUUACAAUAAGGCUGCAAUUAUUGUGAAUAAUCCUCGCAUCUAUUAUCCCAACUUAAUAGAUAAAGGAGACAACUACAUAGCAGUUGAAGUUCAUUCUAUCAUCUUCAUUUCAAUAUACUGUCCACCUAACGAAAAUAGAAAUAAAUAUGAAAAGAGACUACAUUUAAUUACCACAAUAAUCACCAAAUACAAUCACCUGAUGCUGAUAAUCGGCGGCGACUUUAACGCACAUAGUAAAUAUUGGGGAUCUACCAAAAACAGUGUGAGAGGGAAAAUCCUUUAUAACUGGGUCAAAUCCAACAGACUUUACAUCCAAAAUGUUGGAAAUAACCCUACAUGCAUACGUCCUCAAGGAUCCUCUAUAGUUGAUAUAACUUUCGCCAACAGUAAGGCCUCAGCAAACAUUACUGGCUGGCGAGUCAUAAACGAAGAAUCCUUGUCUGAUCACCUGUACAUCGAAUUUUUUCUUCAUCCGCUUACCUAUAAUAAACCCAUAAUUAAAAGCUAUCCUAGAUGGAACGUAAAAUCUUUUAAUGAAGAACGCGCUGAGGCUGCUACUCUGGCAUACGCAUGGGGCAACAGCUUGACUUCCUCCAACCCCUUCCAGUCCAAGAUCGACUUAAUAAAUAAAUACCUGACCGGAAUUGCAAACAUCUCCAUGACUCGAUGCCAAAGAACCUCUAGACUUCCACCUCAAUCUUGGUGGUCCAAUGAAAUAAAAACGCUAAGAAACUCCUGCCAACAAUACAGGCGGAAAUGGCAAAAACUUAAAAAGAAACUUUCCAAAAAUAAUACUACAAUAGUUAACGUCAAGAAAGCAGAAACACUAUACCGUAAUAUUAAAAAACGUUUAAAAAAUGCAAUCUACCAAGCCAAAAACAAACAAUGGAGGCAGGAAAUAGUCAAGCUGGACGAUGACCCAUGGGGUAGGCCAUAUAGAUGGGCAACCAAAAAAUCUGAACAGCAACAAUCAGUUCCUUUAACGGAAUCAAUGGAUCCUACUCACCUUCGCUCCACCCUCGACCAUCUAUUCCCUUCUUUGCCACCCUGCAAGAAAAAAAUAGGCGAAUUUAUAUGGAAGGAGAAUCUUGCUGUGACCCCUCAGGAAGUCUCAAUAGCAGUAAAAAAGAUGCUUGCAAAAAAUUCUGCGCCAGGCAUCUCUGGAGUCCCCGCGAUAGUA